UUUUGAAAUUAUUGAAUAUUAUAAUUUACAGGCAAAAUGCACGGAGGAAUGACAGCUGCCUUAAAUAGGCACAAGAAGGGAGAGCAAAACUUUCAACCGCCAACUAAAGAAGAGGAGGAAAUAAAUGCAAAGGAGCUUCAACAGCAAGAACUAGAGAAGGAGUUCAAGUCAUGGGAGGAUGUCACUAAAUCAAAUGCUUAUUAUGCUAAACUUAAGGUCACUGAGAUCCUUUGCUGAUUCUUGACACUUAUUCAUUUGGGCAACUCUAUAGUGAUCUAUGAACUUGAUUAUAAGGGAUAUGACAAUGAAGCCAAUCUUUAUAUCUCAACUAUUUCUAUAUUUUAUCUCAUUGCAAUGCUUAACGUAAGGUACUAUGUACAGUUCAAGUGGAUGGUCGCCAAGAACUUUAUUAAUGUUGAUGAAGGUGAAUGGGCCAGUUUUUGGAACAGUAACCUUUGGAAAUACAUGAUCAUUGAAUCUAUCAUCACACAAAUUGGUCCUCAAGUCUUUCUAAGAGGCUAUAAAGUUAAUGAAUAUAACUAUGUAUACGACGUGACGAUCGAAUAUGAAGUGAACAAUCUUUUAUGAUGCUUUGUAUGGAUAAAGUGAUAUGCUAUCCUCAGAACUGUUUUGACUACAAAUAAAUUUACAAAUCCUCGUGCUCAAAGAGUUUGUGCUCUGAAUGGAUGCCACGCUAGCCUCCCAAAACUCUAA